CCAACUAAUGUUUAACGUCGUUUAUGUUAGCAAUGGAUUAACCGUUUAGCUUGCCAUUCCAUUUCAUGUUUACUGCUCUUGGGUUUUCUUUAUGUUUAGCAAGGUGGGUCGGGAGCUAGGUAGCUAGGCAGUCAGCACUGCUUUGUGUGUGGCCAGAAUCUGAAGCUAGCUAGUCUGCUAACGUUAAUUCUGAAGUUACGUAAACUAACUUUAGCUUGCUAUUUCUGUGAGCAACAGUGAGAAACGCACGCCAUGCAACAUCACCUAUGUUUUCGACGUGUAUAAGCAUCAUGAUGGCUCACUCAAUGAAUCAGGACGAGGAGCUGGUGCAGACGAAAAGAAGCAAGACCCUGAUAAUACGGCACCUACCUGCAGAACUGACCCGGGAUGAAAAAGAAGAUCUAUUGAAAUAUUUUGGUGCAGUUUCAGUGAGGGUAUUCUCAGACAAAGGGUUGCUGAGACACACAGCUUUUGCAAGUUUUUCAAAUGAACGAGCAGCAGCGAAGGCCUUGACUAGACUUCACCAGCUGAAGAUCCUGAAUCACACACUAGUUGUUGAGUUCGCAAAGGACCAAGAAAGUGUCACCGUUUUGAAGGAUCCUCCAGUUUCAGACAGUGUAACUGAAAAUAAGGACGUACGGGUAAAGAAAGAGCAACAACAACUGAAUAUUCCCUUAAUAGAGAUUGGAGCUGCACCAAGCCUUGGGUUAAAAUUUCAGACGAAUCCAAGUCUGAAAUAUUUAUACCCACCCCUUUCAAGUGGAAUUCUGACAAACAUUACGCAUGCCCUUGUGAGUGUACCAAAGUUCUAUGUUCAAGUUCUUCACCUGAUGAACAAGAUGAACCUCCCCGCUCCAUUCGGUCCUAUCACAGCCAGACCCCCCAUGUACGAGCCGAUUCCAGCUCCACCUCCCCCUAUGCCACCCUUGCCCCCAGAGUACCCCCCACUGCCUGAGGAGGAGAUGGAGUUUUCCAGCGAAGAAGAGUCUGAGUAUGAAAGUGAUGACAAUGAGGAGAAAGAGAGGAUGGUUAGAUUAAUGGGGCUGGUGAACCAGCCAAUCAAAAGAUCUCUGGGGAAAAAAAGGUCCUCCACGAGGAAGAAGCCCAAGUUAAAAGACCUCCUUUUUGUUCCAAAAACAGAUUCACAAAGUGGAGCCAUCGCUGCCCUGCAGCCCUCUGAUGUUUUUGAGCAGCCACAGCCUUGCGGGCAGAAAAAAAUUGAGUUCCACAUCUCCGCUGAUGUUUCGGGAAUCCUGGAAGGCGCCCCUGAUACAGAAGUGGAAAAGUCAGAGGAGACCGAGGAUAAUGCUGAGAAGGACAGCACAGAUGAACCAGGAGAUGGCUUCGGGAAGAUAUAUCCCACACCGCAAAUGGCACAGCAGGAAGAAGUCAGUGAUGAAGAUGAUGAUAUCCCUUCAGAAUUCAUCUCCAGGAGAGAGCUAGAGAAAGGACGACUCUCACGAGAUGAGAUUAAAAGGAUGUCCGUGUUUAAAAAUUAUGAGCCUGGAGAACCCACAUGCAGAUUGUACGUAAAGAACAUUGCAAAGCAAGUUGAAGAAAAGGACUUGAAAAAUAUUUACGGAAGAUACAUUGACAUUACUUCGGAGGCAGAGAGGAAUAUGUUUGAUGUCAUUUUAAUGAAGGAGGGACGUAUGAAAGGGCAAGCGUUCGUGGGACUUCCAAAUGAGAAGAGUGCAGAGAAGGCUCUGAGGGACACCAAUGGAUAUGUGCUCCACGACAAGCCGCUUGUUGUGCAAUUUGCCAGGUCAGCAAAACCAAAACAAGACACAAACGACCCAAAGAAAGGACAGAAGAAACGAUGAACAUUUUCCACAGAGUCCUCCACUGAUGAAUGCUCCAGUACCUAGAAGGCAGCCGUGUAAUUUAAGUAUAUAUAUAAUUUACACUUCAAAUAAAGUGUUUUUUUCAAAUUUA